CACAGCUCGUUGGAGGGCGGAGAUGAGAUGAGCAGUCCUCUUGCUCUUCUCCAAACUCUACAACGCCCCUCGCUCCUCCGCUCCACCGUCGCCGUCCGCCGUCGCCACCACCGCUCUCACCCGACGGCCGUCCGGCCUUCCCUUCACUUCCCCAACAAUGCCCUCAAGUACUGGGACAACUUCUACAGGCGUCACCAGGACAAGUUUUUCAAGGAUAGGCAUUACCUGGAGAAGGAUUGGGGUCAGUACUUCUCUGGUGAUAUUGGGUCGUCUAAUGGCAAGAAGAUCGUUCUAGAGGUUGGUUGUGGAGCUGGCAAUACUAUUUUUCCUCUCUUGGCUUCAUUCCCUGAGCUUUAUAUUCAUGCCUGCGAUUUGUCACCUCACGCGAUUAAACUCCUCAAGUCUCAUGCGGAUCACAAAGAAACCCAGGUGAAUGCAUUUGUGUGCGAUGUCACUGAGGAAGAUCUAUGUGACAGACUUGCUCCUUCAUCAGUUGACAUUGUCACCUUGAUUUUCAUGCUAUCCGCAGUACUACCAAGUGAAAUGCCCAAGAUAUUGCAGAAUAUCAGAGGUGUGCUGAAGCCGGAUGGUUGUGUAUUGUUUCGAGACUAUGCCUUUGGAGAUUUUGCGCAAGUGAAGCUAAAAGAGAAAGAUCGGAUGAUCACCGAGAACUUUUAUGUACGAGGAGAUGGUACUUGUUCAUUUUACUUCACUGAAGAUUUCCUUUCCAACCUGUUUCUGGGAGCUGGAUUUUUUACAGCAGAUAUGAGCAUAUAUCAGAAACAAAUUGAGAACCGCUUGAAGAAUGUAACCAUGGAUAGGUGCUGGAUUCGUGGCAUAUUCACUAAGCAAGAUUGCAGACUUCCUGAUUCUGUUCUAGCUUCUAAAUAAUUGCUGAUUUAUGCGCUCUAUCAAUUGUUUGAUCAGGACAAGUUUUGUCGCCAAAAGGAUAUAUGCUUUCAAUGCUUAAAAUGGUGACUUGCAAAAAUUAACUCAACUGCAAUGGCCGGCAAUCCAUCAACUCAACUGUUCAUGCUGGGGCCAUAAACAGGAGAUAGAAGCACAAAAGGCUCGGGGGACAGGUUACUUCCCUAGAGGUGGUCAUCAGCACCCGCACACACUAUGGGACAUUAACCUACAGUACUUACGAACGUUUUGCUUGUUUCACUAUGAUGAACUUAAUUUAUCGAAUAGUUAUGGACAUUCUGUCUGACACUGACAUAAUAUUGUCGAGCUGAUUGGGACUUUAAUGGUGUUGCUGUUGAAAGAA